AUGGAGGUGUGCCGGGCCGAAGUUGGUCUCGACGUUUCAGCGUGGGAGGCGUGGCAAACGUUCAGGGAUGCCAAAUCACUGGCGGGCAUCAUUCCUGGUGUGAUCCAGAGCGUGGAGUAUCUGGUGGGAGGCGGCGAAGCUGGUACCAUCAGGCUUCUUGGCCUCAAGCAAGAUGGAAGCUCCAAGGUGGUGUUUGCGAAAGAGAGACUGGAACUGGUCGAUGAUGCUUCCAUGACGAUUCGAUACACUAUGCUGGAAGACUGUGACUUUAGUCACUUGUACAGUCACUACGUUGGUACGCUGCGUUUCCAUCCGAUUCAAAGCGAGCCAAGCAAGAGUGUGGUCGUUUGGGAGAUUGAGUGUGUGCCACUCGGCUCCGCUCCUCCUCCCCGCCCCGCAGCCUACGUAAGAAUCUGGAAAGAGAUUGAGCAACACUUGGUCGAGAAAAGACACGUCAAGUAA